CCAUAUCCCAAGUUCGGACUCCGUGUGCAAGGCUGGACAGCUGUUUCUCCCCCCCCAGGAAAGAGGACGGCGAAAGCCCUGCAGCUUCCAGCCUGGAUUUGCAUGAAAUGUUUCCCUGGGUUUGUCUCUUUUGCAAAGGGGAGGGAAGCAGGAGGGCAGAGCCCAUGGGCCGGGUUUGAGGACCUGCCUUCAUCAGCAUCCUCCUCCUCCUCCUCCCUGGGAGGCCCAUGCACUGCUCCUGCUUCCAGGUGCUGGCAGCCGCCUUAGCACUGGUGGCUGGCCUGCAGCUGCUCUACUUGGGCCUCCUUUCCGGACUGCACGGGCAGGAUCAACGCUCCCACUAUGCCGGGCUUUUCCGGGGCCACGGCCGGCCCUUGCCCUGGGACGGGCACAAGGAGAGGUUCGAGCGAGUGCUGGCCGGCGGAGGCGCCUUGGAUGCCAGCGGGCAGUACCGCAUCUACCAGGACGUCCUGCAGGCCACCUGGGGCGGCCGAAGCCGCCAGGACGUGGUGCUGGUCACCCACACCAGCCUGGGCAACUUGCACCACGCUCAGCAGCUGGCUGAACGCUGGCAGGGCCCCAUCUCCGUGGCACUCUUCGCGCCGGGCCCGGCCGACGUCCGCUUGGCCACGGUGAUGGUCUACGCCCUGGCCGCCCUCUGCCCGCCGGUCCGCCAGCUCUUUCGCCUCCACUUGGUAUGCCCAGCGGAGCAGGUGGCGACGUUCCCGGAGUCGGAGGAUCACCCGGAGUUGGGCCGGCUCAAAUCCUGCAGCGACGUCUACGUCCGACUGGCACGGGUCGGGGCCGGGCGCCGGAAUUACGCCAUGGACGUCGCCAACGCCUCCUAUCCCAACAACCUGCUCCGCAACGUCGCUCGGAGGGCGGUGGGUGGGCAUUGGGUGCUGGUGGUGGACAUGGACAUGGUGCCCAGCGAGGGUCUGCGGGAGGCCUUCCUGGCGCUGCCCAGAGCCCCCAACGAGGGGACCCCCGGCGUCUACGUGGUGCCGGCUUUUGAAAUCCGCCACACUCGCCGCAUCCCCGGGAGCAAGACAGAGCUGCUGCAGCUGUACCAAGUGGGCGAGAUCCGGCCGUUCUACGAGGAGCUCUGCUGGCGAUGCCAGGCCCCCACCAACUACUCCCACUGGCUCAACCUGCCCGUCGGCAGGCCCCUCCGCGUGGCCUACGAGGUGGAGUGGCGGGACCCCUGGGAGCCUUUCUACAUUGGUGCUAGUUCGGUUCCCCCCUACGACGAACGUUUCAAGCAGUACGGCUUCAACCGCAUCAGCCAGGCCUGCGAGCUCCACGUGGCCGGAUACCGUUUCUCGGUGCUGAGCAAUGCCUUCCUGGUGCACAAGGGCUUCAAGGUGGCAAGCGAAUUCCACGCACAAAAGGAUGCCGAGAACCAGCGCAACAAGGUGCUCUUUCGACAGUUCAAGCAGGAGCUGAAAGCCAAAUACCCCACCUCGCCCCGUCGGUGCUGAUUUCGCACCUGCACCUAAUGGGAGAAGAGCCCCAUGCCUCUUUCAGAGGGCAGGAAAACGUGAGUGUUGCGACCUGCUUUGAGAGAGAGGACCAGCUCAGGAGAAGGACCACUCCGAUGCUUGUCGGAGUGCGUGGAAGAAAACAGAGUGGCUUGUCUACCCCAAAUAGACCUGCGGUUGGCAAAAAGUUGGGUGCAUCAUUUUGAGAUGGUCACAGUCAACUUUUGACUGUUUUAUUCAUUUAUUGGCACCUAUGUUUACAUCUGUUUAGAGACCCGCUGACAUUUUUAUGGUCGCUGUGUACGGAUUAGUUACCCCAACCUAACAUCUCGAGGAGUCGUUUGGAGAGACAAUUGUCUCACACUAGGAGUGAACAACGUCUCUCUCUUCAGAGGUUGGCGGAAUCCAACUCACUCCUUACUGUUGGCGGGGUAGAGAUUCUGGCGUCUAGAAAGCCACAAGGUGCCCAAAGAAAUCCAUCAAAUUACCAUAUCUGGGUAUUUUUAUAUAUUGCUUUCGAGGGCGUGGGGAAAGAAAGGGGAUUUUAUCUGAGAAUAUAAAUCCUUGCUAAGAACCCUGAGCAUCUGUUAGACCUUACUUUGUAAAGAAGCUUUCUAUCCCACCCGUUCCCCAUGGUGCUUACAAACACUCAGUGUACCCCCCUCUCCAUCAAAUCUCUCAUUGACUGAAAUUCUGUGUGAGAAUCCUGUGGAAUCAAGUGCGAAGUUGUAUGAUGAUUAAUUAAGAGACACGGGGAGAGAAAGUGGACCUUGGGGAUGGCCCAGACCAGUGAGGUCUGAUUAUCUGUGUGUGUGUGUGGGGGGGGGGAACAGAGUAACAAUGGCAUGAUUUUUGUGUUCUGCCUCAGAUGCUUUUCCCGAAAUGGGUAGCUUUGAUUUCUUUUCCCAGAUAGUGGGAUGUUUAGGUACCUCCUGGGACAGGAGAGUGGCGCUUAAUUUAUUUCCUUACCUGGAAAUUGCAGUCUGCAAAUGAAUUAAACUAAACCACUUAGUUUAAAAA